AUGGGGAGGUUCAAAAUUGCUCACCUAUUAGCAGCAUUGUGUGUUUUAGUUCUGAUACCCCAAAUGGAGGGGCAAGCAUGGUCACAGCCGUCGCCGUUGUUGCCUCCACGUCCUCUAUGUUCUUCACAAUUUGCACUGGCGAGCUAUGCAUGUGCGAGGCUGCCUUUGAACCCAGAACCCAUUCCAAUUCUUCCGCCUCCUUCGCCGGUGGAUGAGGAUGGACACGGGCACGGGCACGGGCACGGGCACGGGCACGGGCACGGCCAUCAGCACCAACACCACCAUAGGCGCCGCCACCACACCCACUCACCGGUGGCAGAGGAAUGUUGUCGAUGGGCGAGGGAGGUGGAUAGCGAAUGCGUGUGUGACGCAUUAAUUCACUUGGCCAACUUCCUGAUUCGACCCUCUCAUGCAUUUACCGUCGCCAUCACAGAUGAUUGCAUUGUCACUUACUCGUGCAAUGGACGAAUCAAGAUUUGAAGCACACCACUUUGCGUGUUCAAUUACACAUUUCGGAACACGUAGCCUGGCUUUAUUCAUCGCAAUUAAUAAAUACAUUUUUAUGUUUCUAGUUUCUACUCAUUUCUCGCCCUCGAAUAUGUAAUUCAAAUUUUCCAUGUCAAUUUUAUUA